AUGUCCGGUAGUAUUCCCGAUGCAUCCACCGAGGAUGUAAGCAACAAAGGUACAACAGUGGUGAAGUCCAUACUUUCUCAUGAACUUACUUCACAACCAUCGUCGUGUCUAGCAGCUAUACCUAAAGUAACAUUCAUCAACGUUGAUGUCGAUGACCCAACGUUUUCCACUGUUUCUGGUAUCGCGUCUGUUCAAUCAAAAAGUGACACCAUAGUUCUGACACCACCCCCACCCUUAACGCUGGUCAACUCAUCCAGUAGCGCUUCCGCGUCUAACACAAAUGACACGAGUAGUCUUAAAAGGCCUUUGACGUUACUCGAGCGCCGCAGUCGAGAAAGGAAUGGUAUGAACAUGUCUAGUAUUUCUGGGUUGAGUGUAGAGACGAUCCAAGAUAGCCUUUGUGAAAGCUACAAUACCACCAUACAUGAGCCGGUUGUCCCUAUCAUGAGAGGGUGGUCUAGGAAAGUAAAGACUUUUCUAAAUGAGGAGUACUAUCAGCAUGUAUGGAGAGUUCUUUCAAAGCAAUAUAUGAAAUCAUUUAGGACUAAGCAAACUAGUGAGGCGCCUUUGUUUGUUGGAAAUUCUAGAGAUUGUAACCCUACACCAUUUCAACUGCUACAAAACCUCAAAGGGGCCUUCACGAUUGUUGCUUACAACAUCCUUGCCGGUCGUUAUGUGACUACAGACCGUUACCCCCACUGUCCACUGGCUGCGCUAGGGGAGAGCUAUCGCAUUGGCCUUGUUCAGAAGGAAAUUCAGCAGGUUGCCCCAGAUAUCAUCAUUUUUGCAGAAAUGACAGUUGAUGCUUUCGAGAACAGCUUAGGAGCCUUUCUUAGAGUGUCUAUGCACUAUGAGGGGGAUUACCUUGUUAUCACCGACCGGCAAGGCGUACCUCGCUGUGACAUGGGCUUGAUGAGUGCUGCAUAUGAGGACAGUCUGCAAGGUAGGAAAGACACUGCAGGGGAUCUCCCGGAGGAUCCUGUGCAUGACACUAUGGAUUCGCGGGUAUCCUACGCGUCUCCCUAUAGCCCAGCGCUUUCUGGUUCACCAUGUGCCACUGAUUAUGCUUACAGAAACGAAUUAACCCACCACGAGAGUGACGAGCCAGAAAAAAACAUUCUCGCGCUUGUCGAGGUGGUUUCCCGUCGCACAGAGAUGGAGGGGGUUGCCAUUUUCUACAAUCGGAACCGCUUUAAGCUUCUUGAGAAGGUACCCAUUCAAUUCAACAAAGUUGCUGCACAAGACCCUGACGUCACCGAUUCUGAGCUGAAAAAGCUCCAGAUGAAUACCCAUAAUGUAGCUCUUGUUUGCGUACUCCAAGACCUAACGAUGCCAGCGCAGAUUUACAUAGUUGCCGCCGUCCACCUUCUUUACCAACACAUCAAAUUUCAGCUCUGGCAGAGUCAUCAUCUUUUGAAUGUGAUGGAAAGUCUCAAGUUUAAAUAUGAAAACUAUAAGGAAGGUGUUCAGCGUAAAAUGCCCCUGUGUUCCUCCGGCAUUGGCUUGCAACCACUGAGUGGGGACCAGGGCACACCGCGUUAUAUGUCUCCUCCUUUCUUUGAUAGCAGUCUAGCAGAUACAUCCUCGAAUGAGCGACACAUAACUUGUCUCAUUGCGGGUGACCUGAAUGUCGACAAAAGCAGUCCUGUAUUUAAAUAUCUGCUGAAGAGCACCGUUCCAGCCUCAACUCCUGUGCUGCAAAGUUGGAGUCCGUGUGAAGGAGUUGGCAGGGACACCCCCCGAAAUCAUACCGAGGAAGGGUUGUGUUGUUUUUCUAGGACUCCAGAAACACCAUUAGCCUGCUGUGUGACGCGGGCCGACCUUCCUUGCACGUUUGGCUCGAGCGAUCACACUAUUGCUGCAGCAUCCUUUGGUGGAGCAUCGCCGGACCAGGGCCAGCGAACGUCUGCUAGUCUUAAGACGAAUACAAAGUCUAUCACUUCUUCAGUGUCACAGAAAAGCCCGUUGACAACAUCAUCGGACGCGGUAAUGGAGAAAAGCGCUUUGACGUGUAUCGACGCUGAAUGCUGUGAUUCUGAUAUAGGUAGUGUAGAUAAUACUUUGCCGCAUAAUCGGACCUCUGGUUUACCCCAAAACGUUGAGGAUCCUCUCCUAAGACCUAAGAUUGAUGUACAGCGCGUGGUUCAGGCAUCUAGCAAGCGCAAAAUUCGCGAGAAGGCGUCUCCCUCGUUAUUCUGUUCUCCUUAUUCACCGUUUCGCCGACGAAGCUUACCGGGAACCACAGACCCUUCGACAAAAGAUUCCUUUUGGAGUUUGGGUGCUAACAUAACAGACAGUUCCGAGACCUUGGAGCUGAUCAAAAAGCAGAAGGCUAUGAAGCCUCGCACCACAUCUAGGAUAGUUGUUGAAAGUGGUCGUGAAUACAAUGAGGGCAAUAAAUACACAUCCCCUCUCCAUUUCUCAAAGCAUUUCAACGCUGAAUCAGCAAGAAAUAUUUCUAGCAGUAGUCUGAAAGAGGAGCGCGACACUGACGUGAGCUCCCUUGCCCACGGGCCAAUAAGACUACAUGGGUUGGAGGUAACCUAUAAUGAGGCUACGCAAAAGGGUUCUAACAUGACAUCAGUAGUCAUGGCGUUCAACCCGCUUCCUUUUAAGAAGUUAGGUGCGACGAUGUUUGAACAUCAAACAAGCCCAUCCUGGGCGAACUUGACUGAUCACCGGGACGAAUUGGACUCGCCACUGAAACCCUAUCACGCUUUUGAUCAGAGCAUUUCCUGCUUCUCGCACAGUCCACAGCAGUGGGAUCCGGAGGCGUUGCUUCUGGAUUUUGACUCACCUAUGUGUGCACCCGAUAAGAAACCAGUGCCUACUGCACCGCGAGUGAUUUUUCCUAAAUUCCAGCAUCAAAUUCGUUUCAGCGACACCUACGAGGUGUACUGUAUUUACUACCCUUUGUCUGUGUCUGCAGUCAAUCCCUCCACAAACAUGGAGGGAAAGGUACUGGAUCAUAUUCUUGUCGAGGAGGGUCAGCUUGCGUGUCUUGGUGUGCUGCAUUUAGGUGAUAACAGGCACCUGCCCACUCGAAAUAUUCCAAGUGACCACUACAUUGUGGGUGCGCUGCUGGCUCCUACUGCGUCAUUAAUUUCAGCCAUUGAAGAGGAGUCACAACUUUUUGAUGAAUAA